AUGUCAUCAGCGGAAAAACCCAGCUCCAAAGGACAAGCAUGGUUCUGCACAACGGGAUUACCGAGCGACAUUGUGGUGGAAGUUGAUGAUAUGACAUUCCAUCUCCACAAGUUUCCUCUCAUGUCCAAAAGCCGAAAGCUCCACCACCUGAUAACGCAGCAAGAGGCAGCUACUCAUUCCUCUGCCCCACAGCAGCAGCAGCAGCAGCAAGAAACCGAAGACGAAGACGAAAUCGUUGAAGAGCAGUGCCACGUGACGUUUACGGGCUUCCCCGGCGGCUCUGAGGCCUUCGAGAUGGCCGCCAAAUUCUGUUAUGGCGUCAAGAUCGACCUCUCGCCGUCCAAUGUGGCCGCGCUACGGUGCGCCGGCGAGUUUCUCGAAAUGACCGAAGAUUAUUCCGAAGACAACCUCGUUUCCAAGACGGAGAGGUUCCUCUCGCAGCACGUGCUAAAGAGUCUCAAGGACUCUGUCAAAACCCUAAAAUCGUGUGACUCCUUAAUGCCUAUGGCGGAAACGCUCGGAAUCACGCAGAGAUGCGUUGAUUCUGUUGUUUCCAGAGCUUCGUCGGCGGAUCCUGCAUUGUUUGGAUGGCCGGUGAGCGACGCCACUACUGCGUCCAAACAGGUCCUCUGGAAUGGAAUUGACGGUGCUGGAAGAAGAAAGGCCGGCGCUGGUCCCAGCGAUUCUUGGUUUGAAGAUCUGGCUCUUCUGCGUCUGCCUCUAUUCAAGAGAUUGAUUCUUGCGAUGAAAACUGCGGAGCUGAGUCCUGAGAUUGUUGAAACUUGCGUGAUGUAUUAUGCUAAGAAGCACAUUCCUGGAGUUUCAAGAUCGAAUCGGAAGCCGUUGCCGUUGCCUUCGUCGUCUUCUUCGUCCGUUGCGACGGAGGCGGAGCAGAAGGAGCUUUUGGAGACGCUGGUUUCGAAUCUUACUCUUCAGAAGAGUUCGAAGGCCGCAACAGCGACGAGGUUUCUGUUCGGAUUGUUACGAACGGCGAAUAUACUGAACGCUUCCGAAGCCUGCAGAGACGCGUUGGAGAAGAAGAUAGGGUUGCAGCUCGAAGAAGCCACGCUCGACGACCUUCUCGUGCCGAGUUACUCGUACCUGAACGAAACGCUUUACGACGUCGAUUGCGUGGAGAGGAUUUUGAGUCAUUUUCUGGAAAGUUUAGAUGCAAGAAACGCCGCAACGACCGAAGACACGGCGGCGAGGUCGCCGGCGCUGAUGCUCGUUGGAAAACUCAUCGACGGAUACCUCUCGGAGAUAGCUUCCGACUCGAAUCUCAAGCCGGAGAAGUUCUACAAUUUCGCCAUCUCGCUUCCCGAUGAGGCAAGACUCUUCCACGAUGGUCUCUACCGAGCCGUCGAUGUGUAUCUCAAGGCACAUCCGUGGGUCUCGGAAGAGGAGAGAGAGAAUAUUUGCGGAUUGUUGGACUGUCAGAAGUUGACGCUGGAGGCCUGCACGCACGCGGCGCAAAAUGAGAGACUUCCGCUGCGCGCGGUGGUUCAGGUGCUGUUCUUCGAGCAGCUUCAGUUGCGACACGCCAUCGCCGGAACGCUAAUGGCGGCGGAGGCGGCUGCCGAGCCGGGGCGGCAGUCGGCGGUACUGGAACGGGAAGCAGAGGACGGCGAAGGGUUAGAGUUAGAGCACGUACAGGAACGGAACGGCACGUGGCGCGUAGCGGUGAGGGAGAAUCAAGUGCUGCGCUUGGACAUGGAUAGCAUGAGGACGCGGGUGCAUCAACUGGAACGCGAGUGCUCCUCGAUGAAGAGAGUCAUCGCGAAGUUUGACAAAUCCGGCGGAAGCGACGGCGGUGGCAGCGGUUGGAGGGCGUCGCUGGGGCGGAAGUUCGGUUGCAAGUUUAAAACUCAGGUUUGUGAUUCGCAUGAGUCAACGGCCCUUGAUACCCGCAAGGGGCGCCACCACCAGCAGUCGCAGCAGCCGCAUCCCCAUCAUGAAUAG